UCCUUACCGUCUAAACUCAUAGUAUUCAUGCAGGUUUCUCUCUGUUCAUACAUGUAACGGUUAUUUGCCCGCGUUUGCUUACAUACAAGAAUAUAUAUUUACUCAACUAUUGUCACUAAUAUUAGAGAUCAGUGACUUUUGUAAAAUAAGCUUGUAAUUCAAACAGGUGAAGCCUUACUUGAGACUGACUCCGUUGAACGUUAAUUCGUGAUUAGGAGCCGUGCAACGAUACAUAAAUUAGAAUUAUGCAACUUAGAUCAUAAGGUGGAAGAAUAUUAUGAUUUGUUGCCGAAGCAUGCGGAUUGAAAAAGCUCUACUAUUUUCAAUAUACGCCGAAAAUGGAACGUGAGGGCUGCAAUGUUUUGUUCGAAAGCAUUGAUGGAUUGGCACGUAUGGCAGAAGAGCAGUCCGAUAAGGAUGCCGCGUCAACUUUGAGAGGAUUUCUCGAGUAUGUCGAUACCCUCGCGAAUGCAAACAUUAAAAUCAAGAGCAAGGAUUCGAUAAAGACGGAAGAUGCCACCGCUGCCAAUGUGAUUCAACAAAAAUUCACAAACACGAAUCUUACAGAUUUAGUGGAAAAAGACGCUAUGACAAAAUCAGCCGUACAAUACAUCGCUCUGGCAGAAACGCAAGGUCCGUUCAACGAGGGGAGCACCGAAGAAGAUUGGAAGCUGAAUGAAAGAAAUCAGAGCCCAUACCGCUGUGCAAUAUGUCAGGUUCAAUUUUCGAGUCGAGUUUCACUGGAUAGACAUAUCGUAGACUUGCAUCUAGGUACCACGGGCCGUUUCCAGUGUGAUGUUUGUCACAAGGAGUUUUCCCGUGUGUCAGACUUAGCCAGGCACAAGUUGAUACACACAGGCGUAAAGCCAUUCCAAUGCAAUACUUGCCAGAAGCAAUUUUCCCGACAGGAUCAUCUAAAGCAGCACAUACUCAGUCAUUCGCAAUGUUCAGAUGGCGAGUUUUUUGCUUUCGACAACGGCUUGAACAGGUGCACGAUAUGCCAUAAACAGCUUUCUCGUCCUCAGCACCUAAGGACCCACAUGCGUCAGCAUUUGGGCACACUGUUCGAGUGCGACAAGUGUAGCAAAAGAUUCUCACGCGCUUCGCAUCUCAGAGCUCACAUGAGACUCCACUUGGGUACAUGUUUCAGAUGUGAGAUAUGCCAAAAAGAAUUCUCUCGACCUUCCGACUUGGAUAGACACAAACUUACACAUCUGGAUAAGAAAUUGUUCGAUUGCCCCACGUGCCAAAAAAAGUUCUCCAGAAAAGACAACCUGAAAAAGCACAUGCUUUCUCAUGUCGAAUCGAUACCGACAAACCAAGAAAGCCACGAGAACAUCGGCUUUGAAAUAAAUAUGGGCGACGACAAUUCUUGUUUAAAUUUGAGAAAGAGUUUCCCAUUACCCUUGCACCUGGAAGGACACACACCGAGUCGUGAGAGUGACACGAGAUGCCACGAGUGUCACAUUUGCAGAAAGCAUUUUGCAAGGAAAGACCAUUUGAAGAGACAUAUCGCCUCACAUAAAAUCUGCCCUCAUCAUCAGAGCCCAAAUUGCGCAGGGUGUCAGGCGGUGAAAGAAGAGACAAUGCUGCAGGUGGAUUCGAGUACAUUUGAGUGCAGGGAAAGAUCGAGCAACUGCGACCUCUGUAGUGUACAGUUCGCCAGUACUUACAAUUUUGAAAACGAUGUGUGCGCGCAUAAUUGGCGGGAUAAAAGAUUCGAGUGCGCGGUUUGCGAGAAGCGUUUCAACAGAAAGGUUCGGUUAAAAGAACACGUUCGCAGUCAUGGGGAUCAAAAGUUUUCUUCGUUUGACGGUAGAGACAAGGAAGAAAACAGGUGUAAUAUAUGUCAUAAACAACUGUCACGACCCGAACAUUUGAAAGCACACAUGCGGCUGCACUUAGGCACACUUUUCAAGUGCGAUACAUGUGGGAAAGAGUUCUCUCGAUUGUCAGACUUGGACAGACACAAGCUAGUACACUCUGGACUCAAACGAUUCAUAUGCAUCAUUUGCCACAAGCAAUUUUCUCGUAAAGAUUACUUGAAGAAUCACAUGCUAUCGCACGCCAAUCAAAAGUCAUUCGAGUGUGACAAGUGUAAAAAACGAUUUAUGCAUUUCUCCAAUUUAAGAAAUCACCUUCAUCUUCAUCUAACUGAGUAACUAAUAAUGUUUGCAAUUGUGUUAGCUGAUGUGACAAAUGUAACGACUGAACGGUGUGACCGGUCUUACGUUUUUGUAAGUUCCCAUUCAAGACUUAAUUGACAGGCCAGGGAUUAAACCCAAGUCCUCCCAUUCCACAGUCACAAGUGCUAGCAUCUAAGCCACUACGGUCGAUAUAAAGUCAUCUUUGCUUGUGAUUUAUCAUCUGCUAGUUUUAUAUAUUCAACAUACCACGUUUGUGAGAACAAUAUCUUAUAUCAUCGUCACGGCUCUGAACCUCCCAGUUCCGAUACCAUCUGGUAAGUUUCUUCGUUUAUUUCGGUUGUUAUACCAAUCAUCUGGCAUUUGAAAUGGUCUCUUUCCCGUGCCUAUGAUGCAGCUCCAGUUUGCGACUUUUGCUUUGUGUGUUUCUCUUGGUCCCUCUUCCUUGUAUAGUUGGAAGCCGAAACAAUAAGAUGCACCCACUUCUGUAGUCGCGCUGGUUGCGGCAGACGUGGGUUGAACGUUCCUUUUGUACCAUCGUUUGGUGUCUCCUUUUUCAUUUGGUCUUGUUCGAAUGACCUAUGCUUCAGACCCCAUCAUGCCUACGUUCUUAAAGGCAAUGUUGUCGAUUCUGUACGUUUGGAAUUUUCUUAUUGUAUCUGAUACGUGUAUCAAAUACUUAAGAUUGAAUCUUGUUCCGAGCACAUACUCAGCGAAUGUGGUAGUGGUUAUCCCGAAACUGGUAAGGCACUAACCAAUCUCUGGUACUUUAGGACCAAUUGGAAAGAAUUUGCCUGCUGAGUUCGGCAUGAAUUCUGAGUUUGCAGGUUUUCUUACUCAAAUGUUAGGUAUAGGUUCCAUAAACAUGUCGCCGGCAAUACCAAGCGAUGGUACUUCCUCGAAUAGGUUGUGCGUGUCAGUCACUUUUUGAGCAUGAUAUCUACCGAAAUUUUGGAUUACUGUAGUUGGCAAGGGAGGUAUAGCUAGACAUGUUUCCUUCCCAAGCUUAUCUCUGUAAGUUUCGAUUUCGUGUAGGUAUGCAUGCAGCGCCAGAGGGACGUUGAAUUUGUGGUCGUGUACGGCUUUACGAAUAUCCUUUUGUGCGCUUGUGAGAGUUUCAAGUCCUUGCUUACUCUUUACCUCUAUCAGCUUUAGAUGUGAUAGAGCGGUAGCAUAGUAGACGACCUUUUCUCGGACAAUAACUCUUUCGAGUUAUUUUUUCGUCUGCUCUGUAGCCGUCGUACGUUUUGGAUGCCACAUCUACGAUCUUACGAAAGUUGGUGAAGAAAGUUUGAUGUGGAACAAUCAUUGGUACUCCGUACAUCUACUCCAAAGAUAGCCUCGGAGAUGAUUGACUCAUUUCUUUGAGGACUUGGUUUUGUAGAUAGAUUCGUUGGCGGAGAUAGUUCUUCUGUUCGCUCUACGCGUUUGGUUGUUGUUUAUUUGUCAGUCUACUUUCAGAUUGCUUUUGAAUUUUCUUACCGACGUGAGUUAGGUCAAAGUUUUCAGGCUCCCCUUGAUAUUCUGGGGCAACGCGUUUGAUAUCUACACUAGUAUAAACAAUGUUGACUUUUGCGUUUACCAUUUUUCUACACUACAAUUUUCUCAUCAGAGACCAGCAGUGUAAACUAGGUAAACAGUGUAAAAUAGAUACACAAGUAUCUAAAACUUUUUUCACACUGUUCUAUAUAACUAUCGCCACUCAUAUUUUGUAGAACAAUUAAAAUUAUGAGAGAAAAUAAUGAUCAAAGAUAAACAUAAGCAAAAUUUAUCUUACACACAGAUUUGGUAACUUAUUCAUAUCGGUUUUGUUUAAGGGGUUAUUCUAGUCUAGAGGCCUAAAUUUCGGGUUUGAUAAAAAAAAAAAAUAUACGUAUAUAUAUUUACCAUCCAUUUUUUUUAGUCUUUCAAUUGAUUUUUCAAAAACUUAGCCAAAAUGUUUGUAUAUGUAUAUAUAUAUAUAUAUAAUAAAACUGGAAAGUUAUGGGCCUCUAAAUGUAACUGUGAAAAAAUACAGUUUGAAACGGUUGAUAUGAUUGCAAUGCUUCCAUUAAUCUGAAACGGAAAUAAAAUCAAUUUUCUUUAUUCAAGUGCCCAUAACUUUCUCAAUUUUUGGAAAUUCGACAUCAGCUUGGGCAAAAAUAUUCUUAAAAGAUGUACCUGUAAUAAUAUGCAUAAAAUGAAAAUUGAUCUUUCCAAAUUUCUAGACUACAAUACCCCCUUAAUACGUGACUAAGCAAAGAUAUCUGUUUCGUUUGCUUUCUCUUUCCAACUUUGUAAGAAUAUAGAAAUUUUUAUACCGAAGUGCUUCGAAGUGUUACACAUUAUAAUUUAAUAAAACUGUCCGUUGCACUGUUGAACCUCGUUACUUUAGCGUUUAGUAACUAUUUAUAAUUAUAAUUGUACAAAAAAGAACAAAAAAAAAAGUGAAUAAAUAUUUUCAAGGUUACAAAUAAAGUUUCUCGAAGCUUUUCAUUCUUCAAAUUCAUCUUGUUCUGUGAUAUUUUUGACGUCAUUAUAUAUAAUCACGCAGAUGCCCUGAAGUUGAGCACCUAUUCGUUCUUUCAAACAAAAAUUGCGCUAUAAAACUGCGGGAAAACUGGAUUCAACAUGAAAAAAGAUUCGAAACUCGAGCUCAAGUGAUUGAAAAAACCCAUAUUCAACAAUGGAUAAACUUUUUUGAUACCGUGAUUUGAUGUAAACUUCUGCAUAGAUUGAAGUUACAAUUCACACGGUUUCUUACAAAAUGUCCCUUUCUUGAUUAUGCGGUUUGGUACUUACAGGUUCACAGAAAUUACUGAAAAUAUAAUUUUAUUGGAAGCGUUUCCUUCUUCACUUUCAUUCUCAAUUUCUUUUUCCUCCCGUUUACAUGACUUGUACAAUAUACUAAUUUACGAAUGAAUAUAGCUGCGUGAUGCUGCAGAUAAUAGAAUUGCUCCAGGCAAAAUAUCAAAACCACUAUAUACUUAUAUAUAUAUUAUAUAUAAUAUAAUACAUAAUAUUAGAUAUCUAACAACAUUAUAUGUGAUGUUCAUUUCCAAGUAUUUUCAAUUGAAAUAACAUUUUCUCUUGCAUCAUACGUAUUGUAGGCAACCCAUGAUACAGUUAUUACAUCUAUGUACAAAUCAACGACCCAGCAUACUUACAAAUAUAAUUAACGUACAUGAUGUAAUAUUGAUUCAUUCAAAAGAUAUAGACCUAAUGCAACAAUAAAAAACAGAAGAUUAUUUACAAUAACAAAAUAACAAAAGAAUUGGGCACCUGUUUAUAUAGGAACUUUGCUAGAGUCUGCGGCGAUAAUUUGAACGUGUUAUACAGUAUUGCUGGAUACAAUAUCGUUUCUCACCAAAUAAAUAAAGUGUACUUACAUGACAUACAUAUCUGUACAAUUCGAUUACAUUGUCCCAAGGACGUGUGUAUUUCAUCUGGAUUUUUUAUAAGAACAAAAAUCGAGA